ACAUACGAAGAAGAGUUGAAGACAGAAAAGGCAGGUGGAAGCAGAGCAGAAAGGCCAGGAACAUAUCUUAUAUUGUUGAAGAAAAGGAGCAUGAUGAAAUUUCUAAGGUGUGGAGGGAAGAUAUGUAUGAAUAAUAAUGACGUGGAAAAUAACUACAACGGAGAAGAACAACCUUCAAGGAAUGUGAUAGAAAGCUCAGAAGAACGACGCAGUGAUGAAGCUAAAGCACAUGGUUGGUGGUUGUUGCCAAAGAAAACAUACGAUUCGAUAAAAGAGAAGAAGCCUGAAUCCGAUUGGAGCGAAAUAGACGACGACACUAUAAAGCAAGAGAGGCCCAGAAGAAACACGGUGCUGCAUAUAGCAGCUCUCUACGGAAAUGAUAAGUGUGUGGAGAAAAUAGUUGAAAUUGGUCCAGGGCUUUUGAAAGCAAGAAACACUACUGGUGAUACGCCACUGCAUGUUGCUGCAAGAGCUGGCAACAUCUCUACUCUCGAGAAAUUGGUGGCUGCACUUCUCCGUGAUUUAAAUCCAAAUUCGGAAGAAGCUAAAUUGACAAUCCUUGUAGCCAACUUCCAAGGAAAUACUUUCUUUCAUGAGGCUUUAUUGAAUGGUCACAAAAAUGUUAUUAACAUUCUAGAUUCUUCACCAGACUUCAAGCAUUUGGCUGAGGAAACCGGGUUUACUCGUAGAAACCGUAGUGGCAAAUCAGUUUUGCACUUAGCAAUCGAGAAAGGCUACCGAGACAUUGUUGAUGAUUUAUGACCAGAGUAAUGCCUCGUUACCAAGAGCAAUAUUUAUCCCUAGCAGCAGUCAACACUGAACCAAUAAUGUACAACGGAAUAUUCUACCACCCUGAUGGCAGAUUUUCUCA